AAGAAAGAAAAAGCUGCUUUCUGAAGUGCCGUACGCUCGCCAUAAGUACAGAAAAAAGACAGAGCUUCAGUGAUUUCUCAUCCACACUCUUCUUUCAAAACCAACAUCUUUUAAAGUACUCGCUAUCCCUCCUAAGAAAAAAGGGAAAUUUUUUUAAAGGGAAACCCUUUUUAAAAGAUACUUUAGAAAGCAGUUCCCUGGCAGUGUUUUUCUGGAGCAUUUUUUGUGUUUCCCAUAGUACAGUAGUUGAUUGUACUGUAAAUUGAAAGCUUCUGAUCAGGAAACCAGAAGUGUACUGAAUGGAAAGUGUCAUAGUGCUGAAUUCAGCCCCUACUUUGUGACAAACAGCUGUUAAAAAACUAGCCUUUAAGAUGGAAAUCACAGGAUAUCAGAGAUUUUUUAACCAUUUGAACUAAGAAAUUCCUUACAUCAUGUGGAAGAGAGGAAAACACCAAUAGUGUGCUGCCCCAGUUCUGACUACAGUUACCUAGACAGAAUGACAGACUUGGUGGCUAUCUGGGAAGUAGCUUUAAGUGAUGGUGUUCACAAAAUUGAGUUUGAACAUGGGACUACCUCAGGAAAACGAGUUAUCUAUGUAGAUGGAAAGGAAAUAAUGAGAAAGGAAUGGAUGUUCAAAUUAGUGGGAAAAGAAACAUUUACUGUUGGUGCAUCAAAAACAAAGGCUACUAUUAACAUUGAUGCAGUCAGUGGGUUUGCAUAUGAAUAUACUUUGGAAAUUGAUGGAAAGAGCCUUAAGAAAUAUAUGGAGAACAGGUCAAAAACAACCAACACUUGGGUGUUACACCUGGAUGGUACAGACUUUCGUGUUGUUUUAGAGAAAGACACAAUGGAUGUCUGGUGCAAUGGUCAAAAAGUGGAAACGGCGGGUGAAUUUGUAGAAGAUGGUACAGAAACACAUUUCAAUAUUGGAAAUCAUAGUUGUUGCAUUAAAGCUGUUAGUAGUGGAAAAAGAAGGGAAGGAAUUCUUCAUACACUUAUUGUAGAUGAUGGAGAAAUCCCUGAAGCUUUGGAAUAGCUUUCUGUUUUUCUUACCACUGCAGAUAUAAAGAUCAGGGAUGUUCAGUUACUAUGGUAAUUGACAACUUUAAUAUGUAGUUCUUAGUAUAUUUUAGUUUGUGUUCUUUUCUAGUUUCUGUAUAUGAAAAUUAAUGGAAAGCCAGAUGAGAAUGUAAUGUAUAAUCUGAAACAUUGCUAGCUAUUUUGUAAAUUAUAUGUAUAAGAUGUAUACAUAUUACAACACUAAAAGGGACUAAUGUAGAAAUU